GCUGAAUGACUGACAAGCGUCGAUCUUCGCUAUUGUUUUGGAAUGUCACUUGGCAUGGCCCAUGAAUUGCUCAGUGGUAACACCCCCUUUCUUAAUCAACUUUGGAUCGCGAUGGAUGAAAUUAAAGAUACAUCGGAUUUGAAAGUUCGGUUCGAUCUCCCGGCUCUGAAAACUCUCCACGUAGGAAUUCAUAGAUUUCACGAUUUACUUGAAAACUUUGAAAACUGUAAAAGUGUAGAAGUCCUUGAAUAUCAUGGUGUCAUAGAAGAUGAUGCAUGGGACUCGCUGCAAAGUCACUUAUCUCGACGUACUUGGCCUAAGCUCUUGGUCUUGGAUGUCCGUAACUUGCACGUUGAUGUAGGGGAAGCACGGGUCCGGCUAACUAGAGAGAAGAUGGAAGAGAUACUGAAAACGUUUGACAUCAAAGUGAAGCUAAUAAAGGAUUGAAACAAAUAUAGCUAAAUGGCUGGAACCAUAAAUCUUUUACAAAGAAGGUGAUGGGAUGUGAUCACACAAUCUUUUGCUUUUGACAAAAAUCCAUCUCUUGUUUGAGGUACUCCUCUUGUCUGACAACUUUUCUUUGUUGAUUUAAUGGCAUACUUUAUAUGAUCAAGGAAGAUACUUGGUUGUAGCAUCAUCCAUGACUUCUUGUAAUAAAUUUCAUUCUUUGCACAUGGU